CUAUCUGCGAUAAGCUAUAAUCUCCGCAGUCAAAGACAAAACAGCUCGGGAAGGGAUAGCGUUUACCGGAUGCGGUAUAGUUAGACGAGCUUAAAAUUACGAACACCAGGAGUCCCCACCAUUUCAGAGAGCGUCGCGCAAUCCUCGAUUACCGGUACAGACACAGUACAGUACAGUACUGUACUCGAGUACCGUACCGUAUCGGCUCAAGGAGCGCCCGGAGCGCACAGAACUUGACAAACCUCAAAGCGCAACUUCGAAAACGCUCCUUAAACAUCGUACCUGUCUCUGGGAAGAAGGGCCCUGAAGCAGCGAUCAAAGAAAUGCUCAUCCACGGUGAGGGAAAGUCAGAAGCGAAUCCAAGCGCCAACACAAAAUAUACCCGCCCGUUUCACGGUGUCAGUACCGUGAUGGUACCCCCCAACUGGGACAAGUACCGGUCCUUCCUCUCAUCCGCGGAGUAAAAAUUUCUGCUUUCAUGAUUUGCGCGAUUAUCAGUCUAUCAUCUUUCCCCCGGUACAUACUGCCAUAGUCGGCGGGGAAACUGCCACGCCAUGUGGCCACUCAGAACCCACAGAGUGUUGCUCAAUAACCAUAGCAAUGCCGGUGGCACUGCAUGAGUAUUCCCCCAACCGUGGGAGAAGAUGUCGCGAAAUCGCGCAAAAGCCCAAAACGAGUUUUACCGCGGAAGCCAGAUUUCUGAGAGCUUGGUGUGGCAAAGGUGCUUGUCUCGCCAAGGAACGGCAAAUAGCCGUACUAGUACUCGUACAUUGGUGUGUGCGCCCUGAAAAAAGGUACCGGUAGUUUCUCACCCCCAUCGGGAAAUGAAAGAGAUGACCCCGGGUUGUUUGGAGCCUUUUUUCUUUAACCAAAGUUUUCUAACCAGAAAUGUCCCGAAAUUAGACAUAAGGGGUAAAAUGUGUCUUGGAUGACACAAGGGUCAAACAUCCUUUAGUCGCGCGCGCAAUAUGAGCGAAACCCAUCACUUUCGUUGUUACUCGAGUACUGGUAUUAUCAUCUUCAUCCUCCUCUCGCUCUUUUUUUCUUUUGCGCUCUCUUCGUACCGUUCGCCCAUCCACUAUUUUCUUCCGACACCGGCUGCCGUCUCUCUUUUAGGUAAAUCGUUGCCUUUAUUUGUUCCAACAUUGCCCCUAUUUGCCCUCCUUGGCCCUAUUAAAAACCUUCCUCUUUCCUGUGCUGGUGGUAACCCUUAGCAUCCCAUCCUGUCAAUCCCGUCCAUAGACCUGGGUAACUGCAGCGGCCAACGCACUUAGCCUAGCCCGCUGUUGGCACCCUGUUCCCUGUUCGUUUGCUGCACUUAGCCCGGUACCUUGCGGCGUGCGCUAUGGCUCAGGCUCGACACGCCAGUUCCAGACACGCCAAUCCGAGACAGCGCUCAUUUCGAAAAAUUUUCGCCCAUCGUCGUUCCUUAAGCUUAAGUAGCCCCUGGCUCCCCCAGAGUUUCUGCUCGCUUCCGUCUUCGUCCGUUUCCGCAUCUUCACGUUUCCUUCCUUCUUAAGCCUAUACCACCAUCUUUGCAUCGUGGUCCAACACUCAUUCAGUCAUUCACUCACACUCACUCGUCUCCCACCCACUCUUCGGAAGUUUCAAUCGUUUCACCUUCGUCCUUAAGCCAAGGGAAACCCUGCGUACUGAGUAACGCCGCCGUCGCCGUGUCUUCGUUCACUGUCGCGCAUAGGUCUCGCGCCUGGAGUUUGUCACUAUUCGUUCAUUAAUACCUUCUGCCGAUCCUAGCAAACUUUCCUUCAAGAAAACACACCUCUCGCCGGGACCCCGAUUCGCAAUGCUCUUCCAACGCUUCAUCGCUUUCCUCUUCGUGGCUCUCAUGCCUCUUCUUGCACUUGCAGAAACCCCCGGCACCGCCUCCACCACUACCGUUCGCAGCACUGUAUAUUCCACCCUGGUCACUUAUGUUACCAUGACUGGCAGCCCUCCAGCGGGGUCAACGUAGGUUCCCCCUGAUAUUUUCCUGAUUUUGGUCAACCAUCCACUCACAAUUAGCAGUGGAACCGGUAGCAUAAUUGUUACAAAUAGCACCAUUAUUAGCUCUGUCAGCUCACCAGCGAAGCCAACCGCUACUGAACCACCUUUUACCGGCGCCGCUGCCGGUACCCUCAGGUUCUCAUCUGGCCUCGCGGGCGCCGCGAUCGUCGCAGCUGUUGUCGGACUCUUCUAGUUUUGUUCUUCUCCUCGAUGGGGAAAAACCAACACUUCUAUCUCACUCUUUACGAUUAUGACUAUGUUUGUUGCUUUUUUUUUUGGCGGAGCGAUGGACGACGACAGGGAGGAUGCGACAUGGCAAGAAAGUGUCCAUGCGUUCUAAAUGAAAGACGUGUCAACACAAUUCCUUUCACUUCUAUAUCACUUUGAACUUCCGUUCAUCUAUUGUUAUUUUUCUUAGAUCGUCGCAUGGGGAGAGGGCACUUACGUUCGGGCGCAUACUUUAUAUUUUUACCGGUAUUUUCAGUUCACUUCUUAGGCUUGAGCCUUUCCCCAGCCUGCCUGAGGGCCUAUCUCCCAUUUUUCCUUUCAGACCAUUUAUUUUAGUCAAGAUACUGUGUAUCUUCUCACCAUCAUUCUACCUACCCUCAUUAUCAGCUCUUCACCUCGGGUAGGAAUAUUUGGAAAGCUAGUUUAGAUAGCCUCUUCUCUCCUCAUGUAAAGGCUUUUUUUUUUUCGCUCCCCGCCUUUUUUUCUUCUGCUCGUUGCUAUUUUCAUGAGGAGUCGGGGAUGGGAUUUUGCCUGUGGAGUACCGGUGCCGUAGAGAUGGGGGUGGGGGCGUUCUAUGAUACCCUAUAGCAAACAAUAUUCACAAAUACUGUAUAUAUAACCUGCCCCGUGAAGAGUUAGGUCAAUCCGGUACCUGCAUUCAUAGCCCCUCACCCUUUGAAGUGAACAGUCAAACUCACCUAAACGUUAUCCCCGUCCUUGAGGAUUCGUGGAUGGCCGGGUAUGUGGGUAGAGACGGAGGGCUGUCGUCGGAAUAACCUCGACCACACUAGCGGGCCCUAACAUAUCAGAUCUCACAAGUUGGCCGCAGCCUGCAGUCCGAUCCUGCGUAUCAUCCUCGGCUUGGGCCACGUUCCGCUACCAUCCGAUCCCCUCCCUGUUGAAGGAUUGAACCGGCAAGAUGGUUGGAAUAGGGAAAGAGAAGGGGAAAGGAAAAGGGAGAGAAGGGAGGAUAGAAGUUUGGAAAACGCAAGGCCAGUCUGUAGGCGGGUGUCCACAUCGAAAGCAAGUCUGGGUCUUUUGGGCUACUCAGUUCAACACACGUAAUUGGGGUCUGUGGCUACUGGAUUGGCCUCUCGGUGACUUGUGCGGUAGGCUAUGAUAAGAUAGCUUUACGAGUCGAACACGGUAAUUUACGAAAACCACCGGAGAUCGAGCACAAAAAAUAAGCGAUCAACCGUGAUGUUUUUUCCCACGGACGCUGUAAUAAACAUACCGGUAGUGUAAUCAAACCAGUGUAGUCAAACGGGUUAAAAAAAAAAAGACCCUAAGGAAAUCCCGAUAAAGCAGAAUCUUCUACAAGUAGUCCGGAAUCAAAAUAAGAGGGUAAAAAAGUAAAAAGAGAAAAGGAAAGAAAGGAAAGGAAAUAAAAAUAAAAAUAACCAAAACCACAAACACUGGUCAUCCCUCGACAAAAAUCCUUACACCCGACCUGGCUUCAGCUCGAGACGGAGAGACAGACUAACUAAGAGGGCUCCAGCUCAUAGGCACCAAGAUUCGGCUUUCCAUUUUUUUGAUGAGGGGCACGGUCUUGUGCACCGUAUCACUCCAUCCUCUUUCGCCCCAGCUUUGCUCCCUGGCAACUUGUCUCUCACGCAGGUCGGCAAACUGCCACAAGUGAUGGACUGUAUUCAAUGACCCUAUCUGGCAGAACCAGGCCCCGACACCUUCCAUGACGUUUUUGCGGGCUAUGAGGCCACGGCGCCAAUGCGUUUCCCAUUCUAAGAGAUGGCCAGGAAGAACGGUGUAUGUUCGAAGCUCGAAUAUUCCUCCAAGGGAACGUGGCGGACUGGUAGGCCAGAAGGAGAACUCUUGCAUGAGAUCGGUACGGCGGGAACGAAUGAUCUUCGCGAGCGAGGACUGGAAUUUUGGGAAUGUGGGAGUGGCCGCGAGCCUUGAGAACGUGUUGUGGUAACCAGCAUCUUCACCAGAGUCAGUAUCACGAUUCCGGCUCGUAUCCAGCGCCUAGGAUAUUUGGGGAAAGUUUACAUCCUUGAUACUCCCAAAUAUGUACUGUUGGCCUCUAGGUUAGCAGGUAUCCUUACCAACAAACAGGAGCUAACCCCACCAAAAGUGUCACAUUCGCCAACUUCCGUCUUCCAACUCCCAACAAGAUGGCAGUUGUUCUCUUUAUCAGUCGCAAUAGCUGGGUAUACCCCCCCGACCAGCUUCACAUAGUCCUCAACCCUAUCCGGUUUGGCGUGAUGGAUCUCAAUGGCAUGCACGUACUUCCCCCUCGCCAUGACUUUCGAGUAGCUCUGUUCCAUCUCUGCCUCUUCCUUCUGCCCCUCCCUCGAGCCAUACAGUAUACUCUUCACGAUUCCCGCUCUCUCAGCAUUACCAGGGGAAGAGAGAUCGCUGGCUUUUGACUUCGCAUUUCUGGCAUCGGACAGCUGUUUGUGAAAAGCGGACACCCGCGUUUUGAAAUCGGUUGUUGACGAAUCACUGUGUAAUAUAUCACCGAUACAAGGAACUUUGUGGACAUUCGGCAAGAUGGCAGAUGCAGAGAACUGUCUCAAUGAAGAGGGAAGCUUGCGGGGGAGCCGGCGGGAUAACAGCAUAGCCGGUGAAGGACGGGGGGCGGGGAAAAGGGACGGUAGUGAAAACAGAGGAUAGGUUUUUUUUGGAAGAAAAGGAGGGGUGAUGC